AUACAGUAGUAGGACGGAAUCGGUGCGCGUCCCUUCGUCCUCAUUGGCAUCCGCCAUCCCAACGCCCCACUGCUCGAUCUCCAAUCCACGUCUGUGCGCCCAUCCUGUCGCUGCUCAAGGCUUUCUCGCGUCGACAGUCGCGGCCUGGCUCGUCGGCGUCAUCGACGGGAACGUUGUCUCGCGGCCCUCGACAAAAGUCAACCAUGGCCACGCCCGAGGCGGCGGCCGCCAAGCUACCCACAUCGAGUGACCAGGCAGCUCCGACUCUUUCUCUCGAUCCUCUCGUCGUGCCCAAUACUGAGGCGGCACCAACACAGCAGGACGGACAGGCAAGUCGGGACUACUUCCUGCAAACCUUUGGACAGACGAGCCCUACGGACCUAGGCAAGGGCCAUCCACCCAACGGCGCCCCACAGGAGCAGCCUUCAUCUGGUGUCAAUGGUAAUGGCGUAGUCCAUGGCCACGACAAAGACAACAGCAAUGGCAACGGCAACAGCAACAGCAACAGCAACAGCAACAGCAACAGCAACAGCAUCAGCCGAGAGGGAGGCAAAGACUUCCCUUCGUCCCCUCGACCAAGGCACGGAUCGACGAGCUCCAGGGCAGGAUCCAUCUCCAGGAAAUAUGGCAGGACCGUGUCGACGAUCAGCACGCAGCGCACCCGCCUGGAAAAGGGUACCAUCGAUAUGUCGCAGGCCAUCAUCGUUGCUCCUCCCGACGAUCCCCGUCCAAAGGCCGAAUUCCACGUCAGAUCGGGCGACAACACGGUCUUUGCCGUACACAAGGCCAACAUCACGACCAACAGUUGCGUGUUCCGCGACGUGCUGCACCAGCACGAUGCAGCGGCAGAGUCGAGGGUGGGCGUGGGUGGAGAGCCGAGGGCAAAGGAGGAAGGCAUGAGGCUUGAGGAGCGGGCUAGCAUCGUUGAGCCUCUGCUCCAGUGCCUUUACCCCAUUCCCGUUGCGAACAUCAAGGAAGAGGACCUGUUUGACUUUCUUGCCGCCUCGUCAAAGUACGGCAUCCAGCGCGGCAUCGAGCUGUCGCUCGCCUGGAUUGCCAUUGGCCUGCAUGCUCGCAUCUCACAGGGCGGCAGCACCUCGCUCGGCUACUGGAAGAACCUCGAGAAGAAGAACUUGCUCCAGUUCUGGCUCGCCCACAGCGAACACGUCGUCUCCCAACCCAUCUCGCAGCUCGUCCAAGGCGCCUUUGAGGAGGCCCUCAUACCCUGGUGCCACCACUUUGAUAUCCCCACGGGCCCCAUUGCGCUCUCAGACAUGCUGUCCGAAGCGCAGUACAGGAGGCUCAACUUUGAAGACUAUGCCAAGCUCGAGCGGACGGUCCGGGAGCUGGAGAAGCGCAGAGAGAGCCUUGCCGUGGGCACGACGUCCUGAUUAUUUAUAUACUCCUAUCUCCAUUAGCAAGCUGCUCCCCUCUGCCUUAUCUUUGCCCGUGGUCGAUGCUGGACGGGCAAGAGCAUGAACUCGCCAAUCGAUCCCCCUGCCUUUUUGAGAAAAAGUUUCACAUCACACAGCAGUACAGGUGCGAAGGGUCCGAGCAGCGUUUGAUUCUGCCACCGG